AUGGCCAUCUUUUCAAGGACCAAGAGAGCCAGCAAGGCAGUCGAGGAGCCAAAGAUUGCACCGUUGAUCGAGCCUGCUAGAUUGCCACCACCUCCACCGGCCAUUUCCGCUCCAAUUCCCCCAAUCGAUCCGACUAAGCCGGCGUAUACUGAGAGCCCACCUCUCAUGACUACAGAGGAAGUGCGAGAAAGAAUCGCAGCGAACCGGAAAAGACAAAGUGACAUCAUACGUCGUUCCGCGGCCCUGUCAUAUACCCAGACUCACACUCAUUCCCGCACAGUCAGCGAGUACAGUUUACCUGGUUCCGGCUGGCAGACGCAUCGGAUCCGAGAGCCUACCUCUAUUGAAGCCAUCCUCCAGGAUAUGCCUAUCUAUAACGCCAAAUUAGUACCGCCUCCACUGGUCGUGCGUGGGGCAGAGCUAUCACGAAGGCACUCAGAAGAAUUUCACGCCUACUCAAACCCACGCGCAGUGCCCUUGCCACCGCCAAUCAAGACGCAAUUAUUACCGCCACCUCGCAGUCGUAGUCGCAGAUUAACAAAGACAAAGCCGAGUAGCCCUUUAUCGGAGGUUCCGAUACCGCCAGAAGAGGAAUACUUCUCGAGUAGCUCUCGGGAUUCAAGCCGCAACUCCGCAAGCACUGCCAAUUCUGAUGCUUCUUCUGCAACGUCUGCAUCUUCCGUCUUCAACGAACAGACCGAGGCCAAGCAAACGCUUGCAAGGAUCCCAAACUUCUCCAAGCCGACGAAGACUUCGAAGAAAGAGAAGCCAGCGUUGGAGAUCUCGCUGCCAUACAGCUGCAAUGUCGACAACCCUGUGGAGGAGGUUAAGACUGCAAAGAGCAUAAUCCCUACCUGGCGAUACGAAGACUUGAACACAGAUACCCAGCUACCAACCCCAGUCACGACAAUUUCGGCGGCGCAUAUGCGGAACCAGUCCUGGGGCCACUCACGAAAGACUUCUUUUGGUACUAUGUUCCGACGGAAGAAUGCAUCUACUUCCGCGUUUUGA